ACAAUGGAAACAUGGCCACCUCCCACUGAAACAUACGAGCCUCAUAAACACACCACUACAGAACUGAAGUUUUUCGAUGAUCAAGACAUAUUUUUAUUGUCAAUUCCAUUACAACUGGACUUAGAAUUUCCAAUAUUGAAAGCGGAACCUUCGUCGAUCGAUUUUGGAUACGUGAUGGAUGGCGAUGCGAGGAAAACCUACUUCACUGUGAAGCAUUCGAGCCAUACAGUAACAAUUCCAGUAACAAUAGAGUGCAUUGGAGACCCAGAAUUUCGAGUAUGGCCGCCAUCAUUAAUUCUAGCUCCUAACUGUCGAGAGCGUGUGUACGUGCAUUAUGUUGCUAGUUGGCGUAGUUCCCCCGCGGAGUGCCGCGUGCGCAUAUUAGCUCAAGAUGGCGCGGGAUGUUGGUGCGCGUGCGCAGUGCGUGUGCGAGCUCGCCCCACACUAGACCGCAGUGCGCAUGCGCAUACGCAUGACUAUACUGAUGAUGCGCACUUGUAAUAGUGACGGAGAAUUGACACUUCACUUUUCAAGAUGCGACUGCGACUUACGAGUAUACAUUGAUGUAUUUACAAACUAUUUUACCUUU